AUGCGCCUCCUCUUUCCCAGUGGCACGGCGACGGCGUACAUGAUCAAGACGCUCCAUACCUCCAAGGAAGUCGUCGAGUAUCAGUGGAACCUCCUCCUCAAGGCCGGUGUCAUCUCGUACUGCUGGAGCAUCUUCCUCUUCUGCUUUGACGGCUUUGGCUCGUUCCCGAUCUUCGGCAUGAAGGCCGCGGGCUUUGGCUGGACGCUGGACUGGGCGCCGGGCACCUUCGCCAUUGCGCUCAUGUUGCCGCUGCGUGUUAUGUGCUCCAUCUUCUUCGGCAACAUCGUCGCGUCCGCCAUCAUGACGCCGUACCUCAAGGCGUACAAGCUCCACGACUGGUUCGAGGCCAAGGACGUCUCGGGGCUCAAGGCGUACUACACGUUCACGGCCGUCUCGAUCAUCUGCGUCGACGCCGUGUACUGCAUCUUCAAGAUCGCCUACAUGCUCUACAAGGUCUACACCAAGAAGACGCCUCUCCAAGAGGCCCACGAGGUCAAGGGCGACGAAAACGACGAGCUCACGCACGCGCAGCGCCAGGCGUACCUCGACAAGAUCUUUGACGCCGCGCACGUUCCGACGUGGAGCUGGAUCAGCGGCCUCAUCGCCUUUGCCGCUGUCUCAGUCGUCGUCAUCUCGCUCGUCUUCCCGCAAGUCCACUGGGUGUCGGCAUGA